CAGCUAAUAAAAGCCUAUCGUUCACCUCCCGUCUCCGAGAGUUAUUGAUGGUGCAUCACCAGCCUUGGGAUGAAGUACCAGAAUAAACCCCUAGAGCGACAUAGGCACCUGGCAUCCAUUCUUAAAAAGGAAGCCUGAUGAAAUGUCCCAACCGGAGACAUCGGCUCAUUAUUCCUCUCCUCAGAUAUUGCCUGACCUGCUGAUUUCCUCCAGAAUUUUAAAUCAGAAUCAGGUUUAUUAUCACCAGCAUGUGUCAUGAGAUUUCUUAACUUGCUUGUUACUUUGUUAACUUGCUUGUUGCUUGGGAAUUCAGACUACAGAAUCUCUUGUGCUUAGAAAGGACCUCCAUAGUUGCUGAUGCUGUUCUUGCUUCCCACAAUUUAAAACUGGUGUCAACCAGAUCAGGUUAGGAAACAAUGAUUUACGUCUACACUCCACUUGAAUUACACCUCGUGUGCGUGGUUUCUGCAGGCUGGCGGGCUUCAUGCAAAGGCUUCAGUGCAGCUUUACUGAAGUUGUUUAUUCAAUCGGUAUGCAUUUCUGUUCAAGGUGAGAUGGUAAAUCGAGUUUGAUAAGGGUAUACGCCACUCCUGUCAUGUUGAGCAUGGAUGUGAAAAUCAGGCCAUGCUUGCUUUAACAAUGGGGAGUUCAUUAACUUGAUACGAUGAUGACGAUGGUUCAUUCCCAUAAAUCCACCAGUGUGCUGCAGUGUGUGCUGCAGUACUGUGCAUUGGUCUCCAUGCAGCAGGAAACUCUCUGAAAAAUGGAUGCUGUUCUCAUUGUCUGUGCUUUUAUUUGGCUUCUGCUCAGAUUUCUUAGCUUUCUGGUUGAGAAGAUGCACAUAAAGGAAAUCCUGAGGAGGCUAUGGCUAUUGGAAUUAGAUGAGUUAGGCCACUUCUUUCGCGCACUCCCUCCUCCAGCUCUAGUGGGAAUUGCUUCAUUCACAGCUAUUAUAGCAUAUUGGCUAGCGACCAGACCCAAAGCCCUGAAGCCGCCUUGUGAUCUUUCACAACAGUCCGUGGAAAUUGAGGGUUCUGAACAAGCUCGCAGAUCUGUUUUAGGUGAUAGCCCCAAGCUAAUGACCCACUAUCAUGAUGAUGCAAGGACCAUGUAUGAAGUAUAUCAACGUGGAUUGUAUAUAUCAGGUGAUGGUCCUUGUUUAGGAUUCAGAAAACCAAAAUGCCCUUAUCAAUGGCUUUCGUAUAAAGAGGUUACCAACAGAGCCAUGGAUUUGGGAUCUGGACUCCUCCAAAAAAACUGCAGAUCAUCACCAGACCAAUUCAUAGGUGUAUUUGCUCAAAACAGGCCUGAGUGGAUUAUUGCUGAGCUGGCAUGCUAUACCUACUCCAUGGUGGUAGUGCCACUUUAUGACACACUCGGACCCGAAGCCAUUCGCUACAUUAUUAACACAGCUGAGAUAUCAACAGUUAUCUGUGACAAUGUGAAAAAAGCAAGAACUCUUUUGAAGAACGUGGAGAGAAAAGAGACUCCAGGCCUGGCGGUUGUUAUCCUAAUGGAUCCAUUUGAGGCAGACUUGGUAGAGAUGGGAAAUGACUGUGGAGUAAAUAUUCUGGCCCUUCAGGAAGUAGAGAACCUUGGAAAAAUUAACAGGCGAGAUCCUGUGCCUCCGAGACCUGAAGAUCUAUCGAUUGUCUGUUUUACCAGUGGAACAACAGGAAAUCCAAAAGGGGCUAUGCUCACACAUGGGAAUGUGGUGGCUGAUUUUUCAGGCUUUUUGAAAGUUACAGAGAAAGUGAUCUUUCCAAGACAGGAUGAUGUCCUUAUUUCCUUCUUGCCUCUGGCUCACAUGUUUGAGAGAGUUAUCCAGAGCCAAUGGUUACCUACAUCUGAAGAUGCACAUAUUUCCUACUUGCCUUUAGCACACAUGUUUGAAAGGAUGGUACAGUCUGUAGUUAUAUGCCAUGGAGGCAGGAUUGGUUUCUUCCAAGGUGACAUUAGGCUCCUCUCUGAUGAUAUGAAGGCUCUACAUCCAACAAUUUUUCCUGUAGUUCCAAGACUACUAAAUAGAAUGUAUGACAAGAUAUUUAGCCAAGCUGGUACACCAGUAAAACGCUGGCUACUGCAAUUUGCUGCCAAGAGAAAAGCAGCGGAGGUGCGAAAUGGUAUCAUAAGGAAUGACAGUGUAUGGGAUAAAAUCUUUUUCAAGAAAAUACAGGGAAGUCUGGGGGGAAAGGUGAGAAUGAUUGUCACAGGGGCUGCCCCUACUUCGCCCACUGUGCUUGGUUUCCUUCGAGCCGCAUUAGGUUGCCAGAUUUAUGAAGGCUAUGGACAGACUGAGUGCACAGCUGGAUGUACAUUUACCACACCUGGAGACUGGACAUCAGGUCAUGUUGGGGCUCCCCUACCAUGCAACUUUCUCAAACUCAUUGAUGUAGAAGAAAUGAAAUAUUUUUCUGCAAAAGGAGAAGGCGAGAUCUGUGUGAAAGGACCAAAUGUCUUCAAGGGUUACCUCAAAGAUGCAGAGAAAACUGCUGAAGCCUUAGACAAAGACAUGUGGCUGCAUACAGGGGACAUAGGCAAAUGGUUAGCAAAUGGCACUUUAAAAAUCAUUGACAGAAAGAAACAUAUAUUCAAACUUGCUCAAGGAGAGUACAUCGCACCUGAAAAAAUUGAGAAUAUAUAUGUACAGAGUGAGCCUGUGGCCCAAGUGUAUGUUCAUGGAGAUAGUUUGCAGUCCUUCCUGGUAGGUAUUGUCGUACCAGACCCAGAAGCCACAGAAGCCUGGGCAAGGAAAAAGGGAUUUGAAGGAUCAUAUGGAGAACUGUGUAAAUCCAAGGGUUUUAAAAAAGCUAUAAUGGAGGACAUGGUAAAGCUGGGGCAGCAGGCCGGCCUUUAUUCAUUUGAACAGGUGAAAAACAUCUAUCUCCACUGUGAAAUGUUCUCAGUUCAAAAUGGCCUUCUGACCCCAACAUUAAAGUCCAGGAGAGUGGAAAUGAGAAAUUACUUCCAGAAGCAAAUUGAAGAGCUUUAUGCUAAUACUUCUAUAUGAAAAUAUUUGACAGAUAUCGUGUUGGGGGGAGAAAAUCCUGUGUUUGCUGUUUAUCUUAUAUCAAGAACUCAUUAGGGACAUUCGAAAUAUUCUUUCACUAUAUUCAGAAACAGUAAUUUCUUCAGUCAACUGAAAGGUUAUUUCUUGCUUAACUUCAAGAUCUUCUAUGUAAAAUAAAAAUUUGACCUUUUUUUAAAGCUGCACUGUAAUUGAGAUAAAUUUUGUAUGUUCAGCAAUGAAAUUUACUUUGUUUAUACGAUGGUAUAAUUAAUAGCUUAAAAUUCUAAUGUACAUAUUUUGUAAAAAUGGGACAUAAAAAGCUUCUUGGCUGAGGGUUAAGCAACUUGAAAUGCCUCCCUUUAACAUUUGUAAAUCAAAAAAUGUACAGGUAUAUGAAUUGGUCUGUUAUCUAAGAAACUUUUGCUGUAUGAAUUCAUCAAUACUUGAAGUAUAUAAUUUGUGCCACACCUGAGCAUAUUCAGAACUACAACUGCAUUUUUGUACUGAAGUAAAUUAAACGUAAUUUAUCAUUAAUUGAAUAUGUAUCAUAAAUGUUCAUGAAAUUUCAGAUUAAGAAAUAUUGUGAAAUUUAAAGAAUCAAUGUGGCAAAGGGAAGUCUCAUCAUUUGAAUUGAUGCACACAAAAAGCUGGUGAAAUUCAAAAGCUCAGGCUGCAUCUCUAGGGAUGAAUAAACAGUCAAAGUUUUGGGCCGAGUCCCUUCAGAACUGGAAAAGAAGUAGGAAACUGCCAUAAUUAGAAGGUACAGAGAGAACAAACUAGAAAGUGAUAGGUGAAUCCAGCUGGGUAGGGGAAGUGGAUAAAGUAAGAAGCUGGAAGGUGAUAGAUGGAAAAGGCAAAGGGUUGGACAAGAAGAAAUCUUAUAGGAAAGGAGAGAGGAAAGGGAGAAGAAGGGGCACCAGGGUGAGAUGAUAGGUAGGGGAGGAGAAGAUGUAAGAGACCAGAGUGGGGAAUUGAAGAAGAGGAAAGGAGAGGAGGAAAAAUUACCAGAAACAAUAAAGAAAUAAUAAAAAAUAAGUUCAUGCCAUCAGGUUGUAGGCUACCUAGACAGAAUAUGAGGUGUUGCUCCUCCAACAUGACCAACAUGUUGGAAUGGGAAUAUGGGAUAGGAAUUGAAAUUGUUGGCUGCCAGCAAAUACUGCUUUUUGCAGAUGGAGUGGAGGUGCUCGACAAAGCGAUCCUUCAAUCUGUGUUGAGUGAGUCUUACUAAUGUAGAGGAGGACACAUUGGGAGCACCAGAUACAGUAGAUAAACCCCAACAGAUUUGUGGAUUAAGUGUUGCCUCACCUAGAGGACUGUUUGGGGCCCUGAAUGGUGGUGAGGGAGGAGGUCAAUAGGCAGGCAUAACAGUUCUGCCACUUGAAGCAAUAAGUGCCUGGAGGGAGAUUAGUGGGGCAAGAUGAAUGGGCAAGGGAAUUACAGAAGGAACAAUCCCUGGGUGGUGGGGAGAUAAAGAUGUGUUUGGUGGUACGGUCUUGAUAAAGAUGUAAGAAGUUGCAGAGAAUGAUGUGGAAGCUCAUGGAGAGGUAAGUGAGGGCAAGAGGAAUUCUAUCACUGUUUAGAAAGCUGGAAGAAGGGGUGAGCAAGGAUAUGAUGGUGGAGGAAAGGAAAUCCGCAAAGACUCAUCCUGGGAACAGAUGCAGAGGAGACGAAGGAACUGAGAGAAGGGAAAGGUAUUUUUACAGGAAUCAGGGUGGGAAGAGGUACAAUCAAGAUAGCUGUGGGAAUCUGUAAGAAUCUAUAGGUUUAUAAAAGACAUUGGUAGACUGCUUGUCUCCAGAGAUGGACAUAGAGAUUGAGAAAGGGGAGAGAGGUGUCAGAAAUGGACCAAGCGAAUUUAAGGUCAGGGUGCAAGUUGGUGACAAAGUUGAUGAAAUUGACCAGCUUAGUGUGGGUUAAUGAAGCAGCACCAAUGCAGUCAUCAAUGUAGCAGUGAACGAAUUGGGUUUCGUUACCAGUGAAGGCUUGGAACAUGGACUGUUCCACAUAUCCAGUGAAAAGGUAGGCAUAGCUGGGGCCAAUGUGGGUACCCAUGCUGCACCUUGAGUUUGGAGAAAGUGGGAGAAGCCAAAAGAGAAAUUGCUGAGGAUGAAGACCAGUUCCACCAGGCAGAGGAGGGUGGUUGUGGAGGGUAUUAUUUUUUGUAACUCGAAAAGAUAAAACUAAUUGGAAGAAUAACAAGGAAGUCCAAAAAGAGAAUCUAGUCUCAUGUUUUACAUUAAAUGAGACUCAUACAUAUCACAUGGUAGUGUCAUGACAUAUGCAAUCCACUCACUUUGAAAUAUAAACUGCAAUUAAUUAAUUAUUUAAACAAACAAAGAAUGCUUAAUCAACAACAUAUUUACAAGAUUACUCAAAUAUUACUGAAAUUUUAAAUACACAACUGAGGGGAACCUAUUGGAACUUUUGUUGAGGAAGAAGCAGAGGACAACUUUAAGGCCUUCUUGUUGGGAGAUAGAAGUGUAAAGGGACUGGACAUCCAAGGUGAAAAUAAGGUGAUCAGGGCCAGGGAAUUGAAAGUUGUUGCCAUGAUAAGGCUACCACCAGGUUGAAGGAGCAAUACCUCAUAUUCCACUUAGGUAGCCUCCAACCUGAUGGCAUGAACAUCAAUUUCUCCAGCUUCUGGCAAUUCCAGCCCACUCUUCAAUUCCCCACUUUGUUCUCUUACCACUUCUCCUCACCUGCUUAACAGCUCCCCCCGGCACCCCUUCUUCCCUCUCUUCCAUCAUUCCCUCUCACCUCCUAUUAGACUCCUUCUCCCUCCAGUCUUUACCUUUUUCCAUCUAUCACCUCCCAUCUUAUUUCAUUGCCCCUCUCCCACCCACCUGGGUUCGCCCAUUACCUUUCAGCUUGUAUUGCUUCUCCUUCCCCCACCUUCUUACUCUGGCAUCUUCCUCCUUCCAUUCCAGUCUGAUAAAAGGGUCUUAGCCUGAAACGUCAGUUGUUAUAUUCAUGUCCAUAAGUGCGUUCUGACCUGCUAAGUACCUCCAGUAUUUUUGCAUAUUGCUCUGGAUUUCCAGCCUCUGCAGAAUCUCUUGUGUUUAUCAUUUGAUUUGGGUAGUGCAAUUAGAAUGUACUGUCUCUUAAUAUUGCCAGGCUCCUGUAUAAAACACUUGCUUGUUCUAUCUUAGUCAAUAUUUUCGGUAAAACUAUCAAUCUCUGCUGAAGCUCUUAAUGUAAGGUGGAAUCAAGAACUUGGUUCAGAUUUUCAAGUUUCAGUAAUGGAAAAUUAUUCUUGAUUAAAAUAUACAAGAUGUUAUUUCCAAAGCACGUUUCGUGCUUCAUCUGUCUCAAGAUGCUUUAUAGAUGAGCACUGUAUCGAUUUAGAACUGUUGUCACUAUAACCACAUAGUUAAAUACAACAGCAAAAUGACCAGUUGAUCUGAAAUAGGUGUUUGGCUUCAGAUCAAUGAUGACCUUGACACUGAGUCUCUCCUGGACUUCCUUCAAAAUUGUCUCAGGAAUAUUUGCAUCCAUCUACGUUUAAAAGGGAAGUGAAUUAAUUUAAUGUCCCAUUCAUAAAUAGUCAUUUAUUUUGGUACAAUGCACCUUCUACACUACAAUGUAGACCUAAGCACAAAUCUAAGAAUAAUAAUUAAAUUAACAAUUUCAUAUCUCAAAUGGAUGCCAUUGGUAGUUUAAUCCUAUGUCUAAUUUGCAGUCUUAUUGUGAAAAAUGUAAUAAUAUGAGAGGAGCUUCACUCUGACUUCAAAAUAUUUAAAAAUAAUUAAGGGUAUCACAGUACAAAGGUCAAGAAUUAAUACAACAAUAACCUGAAAUAUACAUAUGAAAUGCUGAUCUAGUAAGCAACUGGGCUAAAAACAUUCACAAUAAUUUUUAAAGCCAAGUUUCGGCAUACAGAAGUUUUCAGUCUGCUGCUGACUUUUGCCAUCAAUUAGUCUUUAUUACCAUACUAUAACAUAAAUCUGAAAUACCAGCUUUCUUAUUUUCUUAUUUAACUCUGGAUUUAUGCCAAGGGUAUAGAGAAGAUUAAAUACAACAAUAUGACAUCACAACUUUCUGUCAUUUGUUCAUUCCCACACAUGGAAACAGUUUUUAACUUCAUUGGUAUUAGUUAGAUGAGGUCUGUGCACGGUCUGUGUGAUUUGUAUUACAACAAAAUCAUGCAUUGCAUUAAUACAGAAUGAGCUGAUGCUAAUGUAAGAAGCUGUUAUAGAACAAAUAGAUGUAUAUCUGUUCAUAUUACAAAAAUGUUGCCAUGAAUUUGAGUUGAAAGUUCAAACCUGUAUUCAGUAGUUUUCAAUAUAAUCUAUAUUACUGAAGGAAGAUUUCAGGAAAACUGGUAAGAUGCAUGUAAAACUUGACUGGAACAAAGAAACUUUCUCAAUUUGGCAGUGAGAAUAAAGUACUUGAGUGUGCUUUUGCCACUGUUAGUAUUUAAGUAUAUUUUAUGGAAUGUGCAAACCCAUCUAAGGAACUUCAGUACAGUAGAGUCAUUCUUAAUUUAGCAAUGGGAAUUGCAUUUAGUUUCAGAAUGAGACAUCUGCCUACAGUUCUGGUAGCCCUUAGAGAGGAAACAAAAUUAAUUACAAUCAUCUGGAAAAGAUGAACAGGCUAAUUUAUCUUCUCAUGAGAAAAGAGAAACCGAAGAAAGAGCUCACAGACAUUUUAAAGUUAUUAAAGUUUUGGUACAUACACAAGGAUUGUUUAUGUGAGCAGAGAAGUGCAAAAUUUAAGAUCAUCAUCAAAAUGUCAAGUGAACAAGAAAUGGAUUUAAAGUUUGACCUUAAGGGUUAAAUUUUUUUUCUGAAAGUUGAAUUGGCCUGCUCAUUUCCAAAACAUUCUAGCUAUUUGAAAGCGUUUCUGUGCACUUCAUUGUACUUUUAAAGAGAAUCAUGUUAUUGAAUAUUGAGUAGGGUUGUGGAAUGAAAAUACUGUUGUAUGUCAUAUGAUAUCAUUGUAAUUAAUAUGGAUGUGACAUCUUCCUGUUUCUGAGAAGUACUAUAUUUGUUCUGACAAGGGAAGCAAUAGUGCGUGGUUCUUUUAAUCAUUUGCUCUCUAUGUGUAAAUAAAGCAGUAUUAUUUUUACUUCUCAAAUAAUGCAGCUUUAAAAGAUGAGAUGAGCACAAAUUAUAUUGUACAGGAUACUGUAACACCUACUACAGAAUAAUAGAAACAUUAUUUUUGCAUGAAAGAAAGCAAAAUUAUAUAUUCAAAAUGUGUAUAUGGAAUGUAGUCUUAUAAUAAAAAAAGUUUCAAAUUCAAAUAAAGCAAUU